AAAUGGCUCAGCCAGACAAUAAGAAGUUCUUUGAGAACCUGACGGGCGCUGGGAAAUCUAUAGCAGUGCUGACGAGCGGAGGAGAUGCUCAAGGGAUGAAUGCUGCUGUUCGGGCUGUUGUCCGUAUGGGAAUCUAUGUAGGAGCCAAAGUCUACUUCGUUCAUGAGGGUUAUCAGGGUAUGGUGGAUGGAGGCGACAACAUCAAGGAGGCGAAAUGGGAGAGUGUGUCCAGCAUGCUGCAAGUGGGCGGCACUGUUAUCGGCAGCGCACGAUGCAAAGAUUUCCGCACGCAUGAGGGUCGUCUGAAGGCGGCUCAUAACCUGGUGAAAAGGGGGAUCACCAACCUGUGCGUGAUUGGAGGAGACGGCAGUUUGACCGGGGCCAAUCUCUUCAGAGAGGAGUGGAGCGGCCUGCUGGCAGAGCUGGUCCAGCAAGAUCUGAUUGAUGAGGAGGCGGCUCAGAAAUACUCUGCUCUUCACAUUGUGGGCAUGGUGGGCUCUAUUGACAAUGACUUCUGUGGCACCGACAUGACAAUAGGAACAGACUCAGCCCUCCACAGAAUCAUUGAGGUGGUGGAUGCAAUCAUGACUACAGCUCAGAGUCACCAGAGGACAUUUGUGCUGGAGGUGAUGGGCAGGCAUUGUGGCUAUCUGGCAUUGGUGAGCGCCCUGGCAUGUGGAGCUGACUGGGUGUUGAUUCCUGAAAUGCCCCCUGAGGAUGGCUGGGAAGAGAAAAUGUGUCAAAAACUCUCUGCGAAACGGGCAGGAAUGAAAAGGCUGAAUAUCAUAAUAGUAGCUGAAGGUGCGAUUGAUCGUAACAACCAGCCCAUUACCUCAGAACAUGUAAAGAAUCUGGUGGUUCAGUGUCUGGGCUUCGACACGCGUGUGACCAUCCUGGGCCACGUCCAGAGAGGAGGGACCCCCUCAGCAUUUGACAGGAUUCUGGCCAGUCGCAUGGGUGUGGAGGCGGUUCUGGCGCUGCUUGAGACCACUGCAAACACGCCAGCCUGCGUGGUGUCUCUGUGUGGGAACCAGUCUGUGCGGCUGCCCCUCAUGGAGUGUGUGCAGAUGACUCAGCAGGUGCAGAAGGCCAUGGAUGAGAAGAAGUUUGAAGAGGCAGUGCGGCUACGUGGCAGGAGCUUUGAGAACAACCUGAGGACUUACAAACUGCUGGCUCACCGUAAACCAGAGUCUGAACUUCCACACAGCAAUUAUAACGUGGCUGUGUUGAACGUGGGCGCCCCCGCGGCGGGCAUGAACGCAGCCGUGCGCUCGGCUGUCAGAGUGGGCAUCUCCGAGGGACACAAAAUGUUUGCUGUCAGUGACGGUUUUGAAGGAUUCUAUAAGGGACAGAUAAAAGAGGUCAAAUGGGCAGAUGUUGGUGGAUGGACGGGCCAGGGUGGAUCCCUCCUGGGAACUAAACGAACGCUUCCUGCAAAGUACAUUGAAAAAAUAGCAGAACAGAUGCGGAAGUAUAACAUCAAUGCAUUGUUAGUGAUCGGAGGAUUUGAGGCCUACCUGGGGAUCAUGGAGUUGUUAGCAGCCCGCGGGAUUUAUGAGGAGUUGUGUGUGCCAAUGGUCAUGGUGCCGGCCACCGUCUCCAACAAUGUGCCCGGCUCAGACCUCAGCAUUGGCGCAGACACGGCUCUGAACGCUAUCACUGAUGCAUUAGAGUGUCUGCUGCAGCUGAAUGAGGCUCGGUCCCACUAUGAGGAGUUUUGCAUCCCGCUCUGUAUGCUGCCUGCAACCAUUAGUAACAAUGUCCCCGGCACUGACCUUAGUAUCGGGGCAGAUACGGCCCUCAAUGCCAUUGUGGAGACAUGUGACCGUAUCAAGCAGUCCGCCAGCGGGACGAAGCACCGUGUGUUCAUCAUCGAGACGAUGGGGGGGUACUGUGGUUACCUGGCCAGUGUUGGUGGUCUAGCGGCUGGAGCAGACGCUGCGUACAUCUAUGAGGAACCGUUUGACAUCAGAGACCUACAGUCGAAUGUAGAGCACUUGACAGAGAAAAUGAAGACCAGCAUUCAGAGAGGACUAAUCCUGAGGAAUGAGAACAGUAAUGAAAACUACACCACAGACUUCAUCUAUCAGCUCUAUUCUGAGGAGGGCAGGGGAGUGUUUGACUGCAGGAAGAAUGUUCUGGGUCACAUGCAGCAGGGUGGUGCUCCUUCUCCAUUUGACCGUAACUUUGGGACCAAAAUCGCUGCUAAGGCCAUGCAGUGGAUCACCAAGAAACUGAACGAAAGCUACAGACAAGGGAGAGUGUUUGCUAACACAGAGGACUCGGCCUGUUUGCUGGGCAUGCGGCGUCGCGCUAUGGUUUUCCAGCCUGUGGUUCAGCUGAAAGAUGAGACUGACUUUGUUCACAGAAUCCCUAAGGAACAGUGGUGGCUGAAGUUACGUCCACUCAUGAAGAUCCUAGCCAAGUACAAGACCAGCUACGACGUGUCAGACUCGGGACAGCUGGAACACGUGGCCCUGAACCGACCCAGAGAGUCUGAGGCCACGGCUGCCAUUUAAACUCAUCCAAAUAUCGGCGGCGUUCAAAGGUCACGCUUCAGACGGGCCUGUCUGUCCCGCGAGCGCUGUCGCCGACGCUUCUGUUCUCCGGGCCCGCUUUUUUUUUUUGUCAUCGCUGUGUUGGAAAAAUGUCACCCUUUGUUAUUUUACAGAAAUCAGUGUUAAUCGUAGGAGAGUGUAAGACGCUGUGCGGUUUGGUUUGACUGUGUUAUGCCCUCUCUCUCUCCUGUCGCUGUGCUCCGAGCGACGCACUCGCUGUCACCCCGCCAUGUCUGCAAUAGUGUUACGCUUCAAAGCACAUUUCUCUCUCUGAAGUUCUCAGAAAGAAGGAAAAAUCCCACUUUCCGGUGUCAAGCGCUGUAUGCGGCGAGGUCCACAUUGCUAGAGCACCGUUUGAUGUUUGAAUGUAUUGCAUCAAGUGUUAACAUUUGCCUGACCAAUAAAGACCACAAUCACAAAGUGUGAAAAUCAA